CUGAAAAAAAGGACAAAUAGACGCGAAGCGGCAGCGCUUCGGCUCCGUUCUCCUACCGUCGAUCCCAAAACGCGCUAAAACUUCGAAGAGAAAUCUAUAAAAACACUACCGGUUUUCAUGGAUCUCCUCACUUCCCCACUCUUCACUCUCACGCUUCUCUUACUCUUCUCUGCCUCUCCUGCGAUCGCCAGUCUCUGCCAAAUCGCCGAUCAACACCACCACCGCCCCGAUCAAAUGGCCGCCGCCACCCCUACCCUCGGAGGCGUUCGCGAUUCCCCCGCCGGCUCCGCCAACAGCGCUGAAAUCGAGGGUCUUGCUCGGUUCGCCGUCGACGAGCACAACAAGAAGCAGAAUGCGGUGGUGGAGUUUCUGAGGGUUGUGGAAGCCAAAGAGCAAGUCGUCGCCGGGACGCUUCAUCAUCUGGUGAUAGAGGCGGUUGAUGCUGGAAAGAAGAAGCUCUACGAAGCCAAAGUGUGGGUGAAGCCAUGGAUGAACUUCCAGGAACUGCAGGAGUUCAAGCACGCUGGUGAUUCCCCGCAGCUCACCCCUUCUGAUCUUGGCGCCAAGAAAGGAUGCCAUGGAUCUGGGUUGAGGGAUGUGGCACCUCAUGACCCUGCUGUUCAAGAUGCAGCUGAUCAUGCUCUGAAGACAAUUCAGCAGCGCUCCAACUCAUUGUUUCCUUACGAACUUCAAGAAGUUGUUGAUGCCAAAGCUGAGGUGGUGGACGAUGCUGCGAAAUUUCAUAUGGUGCUCAAGGUGAAGAGAGGGACUACCGAAGAGAAGUUGAAGGUCGAAGUGCACAAGACUACUGAAGGCACUUUCCAUCUCAAUCAUAUGGAGCCAACUCACUGAUUUGUGUACAUAUAUGUGCUUAUUUCUUUAGAGUGUGAGCUUGUAGAAACCUUCCAACAGCUUUAUGGUUUGCUUUUGCUUAUGUUUUAAGAGUGUGAUCCUGUAGCAACCAGGAACUUUAUGGUUUGCUUGUGAACCUGUAAUGGAUGAUAUGCUAUAUAGACUUCCUGUCGUAUUGUGUAGAUCAUUCUCUUCUUUUCAGCAUUCGAAGAUCAUUUCAGAUCAAACUAGGAUAGAUUGAAGCAAUUUAGUUUAGAUUCUUGUGCUCACGGAUUCCAAACCAAGCCAAACUGAAAUCUAGCUCCAACAGUUUCUGCUCUACAUGAACCACCAGUCUUUCACUCGUG